AUGAACGAAAAUUUGUUUAAUCAACUUUUAAAAUUUUCCGAAAUUUAUAAUAUCGCAAAAACUUCUCUUGUAAGUCAAUGGAAUAUUGAAUAUUUACAAAAUUCUAUUCAAUGUGCUUUCGACGUCGAGAAUGCCUUAUUUAUGAUAUCCGAUGAAGAUGCUGAACUUUUAUAUAAAAAACUCAUUUCAAAAGCAAAAACUGAAAAUCGCGUUCUGCCUCCACCUUUAACCGAAUUUCAGUGUGCUUACCAUUUAUUUUAUAGAGCCUUAUUAAGAAACAUUUAUUUACCAAGUGAUUUAUACUUUCAUGUUUUAAAUACUUAUGAGUUUUUAAAUUAUGGUCUUUUUUCAAAACAAGAAAAUAUUGCUGAGGAUGUACAAAUGUUCGCCAAGCCUUUAGCUAUGGCCGAUGUCCUAGCCGGAAUUCAAACUACUUUAUUAGAGGGAUUAUCUCAGAUAAAACCACAAAAAAGUAUGACUGCAUUGAAACAUGAAUAUUCCUAUAAACUUUUACAUACAACCACCACAAGACGUGCUGCGGCUAGAUUACUCUUAAAAGAUCUCGACAAAUUCUUUGAUGAUGGGCAAAUUGAUUCUAAUGGCAUUGAUCAAAUUAAAAAUAUUUUACAUCAUCAUUCAACUCAAUCAUCUGAUGGAAUGGAGAUCAUAUUCCAUGCUGCGAUAUUUUCUUUUCAGCCGAGUGAAGGGAAUUUACAAACUUCAUCUGAAUUGAAUCGUAUUUUACUGAAUUGGAUCACUUCAUUCGUUAACAUCGACACUAGUCGACAAUUAUUAAGUUUAACAAAUUCCUUAGAAUCUGGUGUCUGGCAAUUGCAUCCUUGGUUAUUAUCUCGGCUUUCUUUUAUGCAUCAACCAUUUUUUGAGAUCUAUUCACAGAUGUUAAUUCAAUGUACACGACAAGAACAACAACAUAUGCAUGACAAUUUAUUAUCUUAUCCAAAAAGAUUUUAUGAUUCGCAAUUAAAUGAUGUUUAUCAAAGACUCAAAAACUUACUUCACCACUGGGAGUUACUACACCAGCAAUUUGGAGACGAAAACAGAUCUGUCACCAACUUGCUACAGCAAGAAUGGUUCAUAUUCAAAGAAAAAUAUGAAAAUCUUGAUCAGCGUAAAGAAAAAGAUUCUGAAUUUAAGAUCAUGUUUACACAAGUUUGGAAAAAAUUCUUUUUAGAGUUUGAAGUGCGUAUUGAUUGA